AUGGGUUUAGUAGAUCGAGUGUGCAACAUCACUUUUCUCGUCUUACUUCUUUCAGUACUGGCAGUUCAAGCCAGAAUCCCCGGAGUUUACAGAGGUGAAUCAUGGCAAGGUGCCCAUGCCACCUUCUACGGAGGCAGUGAUGCCUCUGGCACAAUGGGUGGUGCUUGUGGAUAUGGCAACUUAUACAGCCAAGGCUACGGAGUAAACACCGCCGCUCUCAGCACGGCGUUGUUCAACAAAGGGUUCAGCUGCGGGGCGUGCUUCGAGAUCAAGUGUUCUAACGAACGGCAGUGGUGCCACGCCGGCAGCCCCUCCAUUUUCAUCACUGCCACCAAUUUCUGCCCGCCCAACUACGCUCUGCCAAACGACAAUGGCGGUUGGUGCAACCCGCCCAGGCCGCACUUUGACCUCGCCAUGCCCAUGUUUCUUAAAAUUGCCGAGUACCGGGCUGGAAUUGUUCCCGUAGUUUACCGCAGGGUGCCAUGUAGGAGGCAAGGAGGCAUAAGGUUCACGAUCAAUGGAUUCCGUUACUUUAACCUAGUUUUGGUCACCAAUGUCGCGGGUGCAGGGGAUAUCACAAGAGUGAGCAUUAAGGGGUCAAAUACCGGAUGGAUGAGCAUGAGUCGGAAUUGGGGCCAAAACUGGCAAUCAAACUCAGUUUUAGUUGGUCAAUCACUCUCAUUUAGAGUGACCGGUAGUGAUCGACGCACCUCCACUUCAUGGAACAUAGCCCCUGCACAUUGGCAAUUUGGUCAAACUUUUGUUGGAAAGAACUUCAGAGUCUGA